GGGGGUCCCUUUAAAGCAGUGGUUCUCAACCUGUGGGUCGCAACCCACACGGGGGAUCCAAUGAUCUUUUUAUAGAGGUUGCCUAAGACCAUCGGAAAAAUUUUAACAUAACAGCAGCAAUAUUACAAUUAAGAAGUAGCAACAAAUUUACGGUUGGGAGUCAGCACAAUAUGAGAAACAGUACUGAAGGAUCUCAGCAAUGGGGAGGUUGAGAAUCACUGCUCCAGAGAUGCUCAAAAGCCAAAGCCGGGGAAGUGGGCGGAAAAAUGGGUGUUGGAAGGGCCAGAGUGAGGAAGAAACCCGGAAGACUGAAGGAUGGUUAGGGUCAUUUUAUUAUCCCCUAGAAGUUGGCCAGUUGGCAACAACGGAGAAUUCAUUUCGAGUUCGCGGAAUGAAACUUGCUUGCACCCCAACGAGUAUAGCCUCAGUCCAUGCGGCUCUAUCCUCACCCCUCUUCCUGCGCCACCACGGCGAAAGGACCUCGGGCUUUAAGCGACAGACGCCCUUGUAUGCGUUGUUGCUAGGAUCGGAAGAGGCAGCCGAACGUGAUUCCCCCACCACGGUGAACAGGGAUCCCCGAGAACCUCAGACCUACGUCCCAUCUUCUCCUGACUCUACCUCAACGGUAAAUGGGACACUGGAACGUUUACUGCUGAAUCACGCCGUCCUUGACCCCAAAGAGUGCUCAUUCGGUUUCUGAGAGCUCUGGUGUGAUAAAAACGAAGUUACAUAAUUAAUCAGCGAAGGUUGAUACUCCACAUGAACAAAACCUGGGUGCUGCAUUCCUGACUACUCGGUCGAAACUUUUAAAAGUCCAGUCUCCUAAAUAGCUGCUUUUCACUUCGUGAAAUCAAAAUCUAUCAGCUGCAAUCACUCUUUAUCCAUAAACCAAAGAAAAUAAAUAAAUAAAAUCCUAUUUUUAUGU